GAAAACACUUGCGUAUCACCCUCGUCUGUUAGAGUGGACAAUAUCAGCAAAGGCAGAGGGGAGGAGGAAUCUUGGCCCAUUUGUCAAACGGACCCAAACCAUGUGCUUUCACAGUUGGAUAAAGCAAACCAGUGAUCUUUAAUGGCAGUGCCAGAAACGAGAGGAGGGGCCUGAUAAGAACCCGUCCUCUGGGCGUUGGAAAGGAGCGGGGCCAGGCGCGGCUGGGGCUGUGCUGAGUGGCGACCAUGGCGCAGUACAAGGGCACCAUGCGGGAGGCCGGCCGCGCCAUGCACCUGAUCAAGAAGCGGGAGAAGCAGAAAGAGCAGAUGGCCGUGCUGAAGCAGCGCAUCGCCGAGGAGACCAUCAUGAAGUCCAAGGUAGACAAGAAGUUCUCGGCCCAUUACGACGCCGUGGAGGCCGAGCUCAAGUCCAGCACGGUGGGCCUGGUGACCCUGAACGACAUGAAGGCCAAGCAGGAGGCCCUGCUGCGGGAGAGGGAGAGGCAGCUGGCCAAGAGGGAGCAGCUGGAGGAGCGCAGGCUGCAGCUGGAGAUGCGGCGGGAGAAGGAGCGCAGGCGCGAGCGCAAGCGCAAGAUCUCCAACCUGUCCUUCACGCUGGACGACAGCGACGGCGACGGCGAUGAGGGCUGCCCAGCCCAAGCCGGCAAGAGCAAGAAAAACCUGGGCAAGAAUCCCGACGUGGACACCAGCUUCCUGCCCGACCGCGAUCGCGAGGAGGAGGAGAACCGGCUGCGCGAGGAGCUGCGCAAGGAGUGGGAGGCCCAGCGCGAGAAGGUGAAGGGCGAGGAAAUGGACAUCACUUUCAGCUACUGGGACGGCUCGGGCCACCGGCGCACGGUGCGCAUGCGCAAGGGCAGCACGGUGCAGCAGUUCCUGAAGAAGGCGCUGCAGGAGCUGCGUAAGGACUUCCGCGAGCUGCGCUCGGCCGGCGUGGAGCAGCUCAUGUACAUCAAGGAGGACCUCAUCCUGCCGCACUACCACACCUUCUACGACUUCAUCGUCACCAAGGCCCGCGGCAAGAGCGGGCCGCUCUUCAGCUUCGACGUGCACGACGACGUGCGUCUGCUCAGCGACGCCACCAUGGAGAAGGACGAGUCGCACGCCGGUAAGGUGGUGCUGCGGAGCUGGUACGAGAAGAACAAGCACAUCUUCCCGGCCAGCCGCUGGGAGCCCUACGACCCCGAGAAGAAGUGGGACAAGUACACCAUCCGGUGAGUCCCCUCCACGGCCCCUGGUGUCCUCCGAUCGCGCCGGGGAAGUGACUCAUCGGAGCAGGAAAGCGGGGGAGGAAGACUCAGGUGCCCAUGUGCUGGGACUUCUCACUUCAUUUGAUGACCUUGAUUCUUCCCUGACAUUGAAUUAAAUAUAUAUAUAUAUAUACAGGAUUGGCGUUGUUUGAAUUUAGUCAUUCUGUGGCUGCCAUUAUUCUUCGUUGGUUUUUCGGAGUGUUUUCGGUGCUGUGUGGAGUCAUUGCGUCGCUUUGCUGAGCUGUAUUGAAACCGUGACUGGACACGCGACAGGGCAGAAAUGAGAAAAAGGGGCACACUUUUCAAUCUGUUAUUAGUGUGAAAUUGAAGUCAGACUUGACUGCACUUGAUUUCCAGCUUCUUCCUUGCCGUGCAAUUUUGGGCAAGCUUAUUAAACCCUGAGCCUCAGUUUCUUCACUUGUAAGAAGAAAUAACAAUAGGUCUUACCUCAUCAGGUGGUUGCCAG